AUGAACGAAUGGCUCUGCCAAUGGUAUGAGAGAGGCUUUCAGCCAAGCAAAGACUUUUUGAGUAGUGAUGAAGAGAAAUCGCAAGAUGGAGACUACAACUGUUCUGAAAGUGACUCUGACUCUGAAAAUAACGGUGCUGAAGACCGCCUGAAAAAUGUGCUCUUAAUCGUUGGUCCAGCAGGGAGUGGGAAAUCUGCAGCUGUUCAUGCAUGCGCUAAGGAGCAAGGAUUCAAAAUCCUUGAGUCUAAUGCAUCAGAAUGCCGAAGUGGAGCAGUUGUCAGGCAGAAAUUUGGGGAGGCUCUCAAGUCAUAUAGCCUGUCAAGGUCCUUGGACCCUCUUUUCAGUGCCUGUAUCGAUGGCAAUGGAGAUGAGGAUGUGAUUGAAGUGGCACCUGUAUUACAUAUCCAGAACGACAGAGCUAAUUUGAAGCCUUUAAUUCUUUUUGAGGAUGUAGAUAUUUGCUUUGCUGAAGAUCGUGGUCUCAUUUCUGCUAUUCAGCAGAUUGCUGAGAAAGCAAAAGGGCCUGUGAUAUUGACUGCCAAUGACAAGAAUCAUGGUUUACCAGACAACUUGGAGAGGAUAGAGAUAUGUUUUUCGUUACCAUCAACAAAAGAGCUGUUAAGCCACCUUUCUACGGUUUGUGCAGCAGAGGAAAUUAAAGUUAAUCCUGGUUCACUAGAGCAAUUGACCAUGUCUAGUGGUGGUGAUAUAAGGAAAGCGAUUCUGCAACUACAAUUCUGGUUUCAGAGUAAAUCCAGAAGAGCCAGAAGGAGAAAGCAAAAUGGUGAUCCAGAUCUCUUUGAUCAUGAAGCUGGUCACAUGCUGCUUCCCAACAUAAUUGGACGAGAUUUCCCUUCUCAAUUAUCGCAUUUUGUGGAGAGUGAGAUUGCUAAGUCAUUAUCCACGGUGGAGGAAAGUUAUAACACAGUGGACGUAUUUAUUGAAGAGGUUGAAGACGAAAACAUGCUUAAUAUAUUAUUUAGGCGAGGCGCAGAGAAGAACAGGAUAGAAGCCAAGAAAGCAGCCAUGUUAAGGCAGAACACUUGUUUUGAGGAUCAUAAUGAAUUAGAAGACGUCUUAAGCAUUCAGUGUGAGCGUAGCAACACUUCCUACCAACCACUGUCUUGCUCUCGGCCAGACAGAAGGAGGAAGCUCAACGUCGUGAUGUCCUCUGAUUCGGAAGAUGAGCCUCUGAGUGACAUACCGGUUCCCAUUUCAAGACAUCAGAAGAACGGUACGUUGUCCUCGUAUUUUCCAGAUAUGCAAAAGGAAACAAUCCCUCUGGAGGCAAGUUCUUUUCAGUGUGAGACAUCAAAAGUCUCUUGCACGAAUGAGGUGUCCCAGUCAAUUGAUGUAUCAUGUGUACCUGAGUCUUCAUAUGUUCCCGAGACUCUAAUGGAGGGUAGUGAUGCUGAGCUGUCGCCAAGAGCGGUAUCAUCUGGUCAUUUUGAUGGAAGAGUAGAAGUGUCCACGAGUGAGGACUUUGUACAGAACACACCACCAAAGGAGAUAUACGUAGACAGUUUUCAGAGUUUUGCUUGCUUAGAGAAUACGUGUGAGAUCACUGCAGAAUCUUAUGGUGGGACAAUGAUGGAAGAUUGUUUCAAGGAGCACGCAGGGAGUUCCCAGAAGAUGCAACAAGUAACAGAUGAAUGCAGUCGUAUAGAUUUUGGGAUGGCAUUCAAGACCGCUCAGAAACCGAAGCCUGAUACAUCUAGAGACCCGGUGCAAGAAUCAUGGAGAAAACUCUGUUCGGCCCAUACUGAUCUUAAACCGUACUUGGAUUCAGAACCUGUAGAAGCUCCACAAGUUCUUGACAUCGCUCAUCAGAUAACCAAUCUAAUUUCAGAAGCUGACCUGACACAAUCGAAAUGCCUGAACCUUGUUGCUAUGGAGCCAGUGAUGAACGCUUCUGGAGACCUUGACACUUCUUGUUUAACUAAUGGGCUUGAACAGAUGACUUCCACUGUGGCACAGCAGGGAUUUAGGUUUCUUUCAAACCAAAUUGCCACAACAGUAUCCGUCCCUACUUCAUCAGCCAACAUGUUACCAGGAAGAGAAUUGGUAGUAGACAAAACAAGUCAAGAUUAUACAUCGAGCAGUGGAAGCUGCUUGGAUAUGAAACCAAAAACACAUGAGGACGAAUUGAAAUGUGAGCGAAUGGCACAGCUUUCGGGCAUAUUAGAGUCAGUAGUCCCUCUGAGAUCAUUGAAAGGAAGAGCUUUCCAUGAAUACGCUUCAUUCAUAUCACAGAUCUCACGAGCAGAUCCCUCUAACUUAUCUGUAGCCAUAGACAAAAGCAGAAGACGAAGGUCAAGAGAAGCUCGACAUUAUCUGUCAAUGGAACUAUCUUCAGAAGAUAUUUCAUUCUUGUGUCAACCAACACAGCACAUACAGAAGAAGUGA